AUGUCCCAGGAACCCAAGGACGAAGAGGAAGAGACCGUGGCCGGGCGCACGGUGCCCGUGCGCUUCGCUGCUUUGGGCCUCGUGGCCCCCUGCCACGCAAUCCUGGUGACUGUGUCGAGGCUCUAUACCUCUGGAAGUGCCACCAGGAGAGCCAUCUUUGGCUUAGGCUGCCUCUGUGCGAAUGCCUGGCGCACCAUUCUUUGGUUGCUGCCGGUGAUUACCUACGCCGCUGUUCGCUAUGCAGAUGUGGUAUGGAAGGACAGCAAAUACCAAAUCUUGGAAGGCUGCCUCAUCGGGCACGCAGUGGCUUCUCUGUGGGUGGUGAUUUCCUUAUUGUUUUUUUCGCAUCGGAAUUUCGACAUGCCCUACAAGGAGCGACCGCGAGCACCGCUGCGGCUGCGGGCAGCAAGGUAUCUUUUUUGGUUCGUAGUCUUUGGCACCAAGUUCCUCGUGGCAGUCAUUCUCUUCAUCUCCGUCUUUGCAUUGAUUUUAGAUCUGCAACUGGAGCCCUUGGGCCGUGCCACAUCCACGGAUAUCCGGAUCGCUUGGUACAGCAGCGUUUGGGCACGUGAUGUGCUUAUCUGGUUGUGGCUAUGGUUUUCCAGCCUUUUUAUCUUUUGUGCUGACACACAGCUCUGGUUUACCGUUGGUUGUACCUUCAUGGGAAUCGCGAUUACUUUUGUACAGUGGCUUGGACGCAUUGAUGGGGGUUGA